GAAAAUAUUGUAGUUAUUUCAGGGACAUUUCUAGUAAUAUGGGGAGGCUAUAAUCUAUGAGCUUUUAUGAUAACCAAAUUUAAAUCCUACUAAUGUAGCAUUUGGGAGUUUUCUUACCUCCACACUCUUAAAUUGGGAGGCUGCAUGGAGCUUAAAUCGCAGCCAGAGUGUCGGCCAAGCUUAAGGAGAAUUUGGCAUUGGAUUCUACCAACAUGAAGGAGUCUAUCAGAAGACAUUCAUGUCCUUUCUCAAGUUAAGGGUUCAGUUGCUUUUGAAUUUCAAGAUAUCAGAGUUCAGUUGCUGGAUUGAUUGUGGUUUCAAUUGGUAGGAUCCAAAGAAAAAGAUCAGCUUUGUUUCCAAGAACCCCUACAUCCUUUCUGCAGAGCUGAUGGGGUGUCCAGUUCUUUUUCUGUUAUUCCUUGUAUAUGGUCUUUGGAAUUGGUUAUUUUUCAACCUGUAUUUGCAUUAUAGUGAUUCAUUCACUGUAUAGUUGUUUCAGGUCUUGUACUCUUGUUUGCUGUUUUGGCUUGUUGGCUUAAUAAUAUUUGACUUCGGAAAAUAUAUAUAUUCACUUCUUUAUAUGUCUGCAUUCAGGUUAUGGUUGGAAGAGUUCCCCUAUCUACAAAAGGAAAAAACAUCAGUUACCACGAGUCUAAAGGAAGCAGUAUCAAAAUUAUUACUCUUUUAAAAGAAACCUUAAAAAGAACGGUGAAACGGUCAUUCACACGAGUAAACACCCAAACUGUAAGCCCUCUGGAGGGGUCUCCUAAAUUAGCAUGAGCAUAUGGUUGGGGGACGUUAAAAUACGUCUACAUUUUCAGACAUACACAAUUUUCACACACACACAAUUGGGGGAUGUUCAUACAUGCAAGUGUUAUCAAAUUUUUCCCUUAGGCGACCCUGAGAUGUUGCGUGCUAAUUCAAUAAAUUUAUUGGUUUAAAAACUCUAAUUUACGUUUCUAUUUUAAAAUUAUUUGGCACUUACCCGAAAGGAAGAAAUUUUUUUUUAGACGCUCUUUGUAUGUCAAUAAUUGAACUGCUCGCUGGUGGUGUUGCUUAGAGGCAUAAUAACAGGAACCUUGGCGGUGGGGUGUGACAAAUAUUGACUCCUGGUGGGACUCAUUGCACAUGGUUAAGCCAGUCGAUUUAUUUUUACACGAUCUGCUACUAAUUGAAUUUUUUUUUUUUUUUUUUUUGGUUAAACCCGAAUUGGUGAUGACUUUCUGGCAUAACUUUGUGGAUGAGUUCCUAGACAGCACCCACUUUGGCCAAAGAAGUUGACUUGUUGCCGUUGACUAGCCAAGAUAAUUUAGAUGGUUAGACGUUGAAGUACUCUCCUCGCACACAAUGGAUUCAGGCGCAAAUGCGAUUUUUUGUUGUGAGUUUCAGAGGCCAGACACUCGCUAGUUGCUGCACCUUCAUUGAUUUAGCUUUGAUCAUAUUGUUGCUGAAGUAGCGCAAGAGUCACAGCAUUGUACAGAUCCACUGCUCAAACACUAAUGAGAAAUGGGGAGAUCUAUUGAGUUUCUUCUAGUAUUUGAUUGGGGAUUGGUAAUACAAUACUCAUAGAACAUUUAGCUUCUCCGCAUUGUUGCACAUCAAUGGAGCAGAAAAGAAAGAGGCCGAUUGAAUCUCAAAUGGAGUCCGAGUCAGGUACAAGAAAGAGGAGAACUGUACCUGUAAAAAACAGAGGGGCAGAUGCAGAUACUGCCACACACUCUUCAUCCACAUCACUUCCAGGAGGCGAAGCAGAUGCAGAUACUGCUUUGGACUCUUCAUCCACGUCACUUCCAGGAGGCGAAUACCAAGUCUUCUUGAGUUUCAGUGGCUCAGACACUCGCUACAGCUUUGCUGAUUUCUUAUACACUUCUCUCAUUGACAAAGGAGUUCGUACCUUUAGAGAUGUUGACGAGCUUCGUCAAGGAGAAAAGAUCGGCCCUGAUCUCCUCAAAGCAAUCACGGAGUCCAGUAUUUCCAUCCCAAUAUUCUCCAAAAAGUAUGCUUGCAGUAAAUGGUGCCUUAUGGAGCUCACCCAGAUGGUGGAGUGCAAGAGAAGUAUGCGACAAAAGAUUUUACCGGUCUUCUACGAUGUCACACCCGAGGAAGUGAAGCAUCAACCAGCUGGGAGUACUUACGAGCAGGCCAUCAAGAAGCACAAGGAAUCUGGGAAUUUCAGUGACGAGACUAUUGAGCAAUGGAAGAAGGCAUUGAAGGACGUUGGACAACUCAAGGGUUGGGAACUGGAAAAAGCUGCUAAUGGGUAUCAAGGAAAACUAAUAAGAGAUAAAAUUAUUCCAGAAGUGUUGUCUGUGUUGUGUACGAAAGUCAUGGUUGUAACUAAAAACUUGAUUGGAAUUGAUCAUCACGAAAAAGAAAUGAUGAGGCUAUUAGAUAUUGCCUUUGAUGAUGUACGAAUUGUUGGUAUCCAUGGCAUGACUGGUAUUGGCAAAACAACUGUUGCCAAAUUCAUCUACAACAAAGUACUGGAAAAUUUUGAAUGUUGUAGUUUCCUUCUUGACGUUCAAAAAAUGGCACAAGAAAUCCAGGGUCUUGUUAGUUUGCAAAAACAGCUUCUCGCUGACACACUAAAUUGGAGGCGUGACAUUGCUAAUGUUGACAGAGGAAUAGCCAUUAUUAAAAAGAAGUUUUGUAACAAGAAAGUUCUCCUUGUUCUUGAUGAUGUGAAUUCCAUUUCACAAUUUCAUUGUCUUGUGGGAGGGUGUGAUUGGCGUGAUUGCUUCCGUAAGGGAAGUAAGAUCAUAGUUACAACCAAAAACAAAAGCAUUUUAGAUGAUCUUGAUGUUAACUGGACUUAUGAAAUCCCAACUAUGAAUGCUGUGCAAUCUCUUCGACUUUUUAGUAAGCAUGCCUUCGGCACGGAGUUCCCUCCAAAAAAUUAUGUUAGUAUCUCUAGAGAGAUUGCAUCCGUUGCUGGAGGCCUUCCUCUAACUCUCGAGUAUGCUGGUUUGUCUCUACGCAAGACAAACGUUUCAGAGAUAUGGGAAGAUGCACCAAAGAAGUUGGCAGAAACACUGAAUGAUGAUGUCUGGAAAAAGUUGAGAGUAGAUUAUAAAGCAUUAAAUAAGAGGCAACAACAAAUCUUUCUCGAUAUUGCAUGUCUUUUCGCUGGGAUGGAUAAAACAACUGUAUUUUACAUGUGGAAUAAUGGUGGCUAUUUUCCGAAGACAGAAUUUGAUGAUCUUCAUGACAUGUCCCUUGUGAAAGUGAGAAAUGCUAAUGAGUUGUGGAUGCACAAUCAGCUUAGAGCUCUUGGGAAGAAAAUCGUCAAUGAAGUCAUUUUUCCUGAAAACCGUAGUAGAUUGUGGAAUCACGUGGAAGCCUUUGAAUUAUUAGAGGAUGGGAAGGGAACAGCAAAGGUUGAGGCCCUAAGUCUUCGCUUUGCAUUGGAUUCUGAAAAGAAGCAUUGCUUUAAAAGUGACAAAUUCACUAAACUGAAAAAUCUAAGGUAUCUGCGAGUGGAUGGGGCAGACCUUAGAGGGAAUUUUAGUCGUGUAUUGUUGUCCUUAAGAUGGCUUAGUUGGCGUGGUUGCCCUCGGGAUUUAAAAGAAUUGAAAUUUCAUAUGAGGAAUCUAGUCAUUCUUGAUCUAUCAGAUAGUGGCAUCACAGAAAAAUUGGGAGUUUGGAAUCAAAUCCAGACGGCAAAAAAGUUAAAAGUUCUAGGAAUGGCUGAUUGUGCUUUAACAAGAACUCCCAACUUUUCAUCAGAUGCAGCUUUGGAGAUAUUGAUUCUUGCACGCUGUACAAGUUUAGAAAAUAUUGACCCGUCCAUUGGCAAUCUAAAGAAUUUGAAAGUACUAGACAUUUCAUAUGCUGAUAUAAGGGAGUUACCUGAUGAAAUUUGGGAGUUGAAGAAUUUGGAAGUGAUGGACUUCACAGAGUGUAGUAAGUUGGACGUGGACAUUCCUAGUAAUAUCAACGGACUAUCAUCUUUGAGAUUCUUGAGCUUUUAUGGUUCCAAAAUUCGAAGCCUUCCAGCAAGCAUUUCGGGGCUUACUCACCUCCAAACCCUUAACAUUGGAGGCUGCACAGAGCUUCAAUUGCAGCCAGAGCUUCCCUCAAGUUUAAGUAUUCUGAAUGUCGGUUAUAUCCCUAACCUUACAAGUGUGGUUAAUUUACAGGAAGUGCAAUUCUUUGAGUGCGAUAGUGUUGUGGAUAUGCCCAGAGAUAUUGGGAGAUUAUCCAAAUUGGAGAAACUGACCUUGGAUCAUACCAACAUAAGGUCCCUACCCGAAGAUGUGGGUGUCCUUUCUCAGCUGAAGGUGCUUGAUUUACGAUUCUGUGACAAUCUCCAAUGUAUAUUGGGGUUACCCUCAAGUCUAGUUGAGUUAUAUAUUGCAAGUUGUGAUUCAUUGGAAAGAUUGCCAGAUCUAUCAAAUUUGAUAAAUUUGUCAAGUGUGUUGCUUAUGAAUUGCGAUGAGCUAGCAAGGGUUCAAGGGAUUGGAAAAUUAGAAUCAUUGACAAGUUUGUACAUAUAUGCAUGCAACAUGCUAGCUACCUCUGAAAACAUGCCGAAUUUGUCAAACCUAAAGAAGUUGGAAACAUUAUCUAUUUGUAAUUGUUCAGAACUUGAUAAGAUCCAAGGGUUUGACAGAUUGGAAUCGCUGAAAUAUUUGGAUUUGCGUGAUUGCGAGAACUUGCAUAAGAUUGAGGGCCUUGAGUCUUUGAAAUAUUUGGAAGUAUUGGACGUGUUAAGGUGCGCAUCAGAAAUGACAAUACCGGAAAUGCCAUACACACGUGUACGACAAAAUAUUGCAGAUGAGAUGAAUGCUGCUGAUUCAGUGCAAAGGUAUGGAUUAAUUUCUAAUAUUGCCUUGGAUGGGGUGGGGAUCCUCUCUUUUGUUGAGUUUGAUUAUUGCCAAAGGUAUUGGACAGAGUUGAGAUUGAAAAAAUUGAACUACAUGCAGCAACCGGUGUUAAGAACUGGAUAUAGAAAUGAAGCUGCACGAUAAACAAUGUUCCGGUAGCUUAUAUGGUGCAUAAGAGAUGUUUCUUUCUUUUUCUUUUUCUUCUUUUUUAUUUUUUAUUUAUUUUUGCAUCUAGAGUAAUUCCUGAAAUUCAAAAUAAAUUCUGUACAAGCUGCAAUUUGAAUUGAAGAUGGGGAGAGAGUGGGGUUUGGUGUAUCAUGUAUUCAUUGAUUCAAAUUUUACAGAGAGUAAUAUUUUUGCUA